AUGAACUCCCAUGGCGAAUUCGAGGAUCUGCAGCCAGUCCACGUCCUCUUCUUUCCAUUCAUGGCGUCCGGCCACAUGCCCGCAUUGGUCGACCUCGCCAAGCUCCUCGCCUCCCGCUGCGUCCGCGCCACCCUCCUCACCACCCCGGGCAACGCCCCUGCCGACCUCCCGCCCUCCAUCCACCUCCACCUCAUCCCAUUUCCCUCCGCCGCCGUCGGCCUCCCCGUCGGCGUCGAGAACAUGGCUCACGUAACCAUCGACCAGCACCCCAACUUCUUUGCCGCCGUAUCCAUGCUCCGAGACGACUUCCGCGUCGCCCUCGCCGACCUCCGCCCCGACGCCGUCGUCGCCGACUGGUUGCUCCCUUUCGCCGGCCCCGUCGUCGACGAAUUCCGCAUCCCGCGCUUCACCUUCCACGGCUUCAGCAACAUCGCGCUCUGCGGUCAAGUGAGUUACUUCUGCCAGCCACUCCCCCCGCCGUCCUCCGGCGCCGAGGAGGAGCCGGCCUUCUUCGUGCCCAACCUCCCUCGGCGGAUGGAGAUGCUGCGGUCGCAGUUGGAGGACCUAGCCGCGAUCCCGCCCGAGGCGGCCGCAUUCAUCGAGGAGAUCCGCGUGUGGGAGUUGCGGAGCUACGGCGUGGUGGUCAACAGCUUCUACGAGCUGGAGACGGAGUUCGCCGACUACGCCCGCCAGGUGAUCGGGAGGAGGACGUGGCAAGUGGGCCCCCUGGCGGCGUACGACCCGAAGCCAGCGGAUGAAGCGCACGAGUGUCUCGAGUGGCUCGACGAGAGCGAGGAACCGGUGCUGUACGUCUGCUUCGGCAGCAUGGGCUCGUUCGAGGCGGCCCAAUUACGAGAGCUCGCGCUGGGCCUCAAGGCCUGCGGCCUCUCCUUCAUUUGGGCCAUUCGUGGCGCCGCCGACGUAGAAGAAUGGUGGCCCGACGAGAGAAGGGAAGCGGACGAGAAGAGGUACCUGCUCCUCAAGGGCUGGGCGCCGCAGACGGCGAUACUGAACCACCCGGCCGUCGGCGGCUUCGUGACGCACUGCGGCUGGAACUCCUCUCUGGAGGCGAUUUCCGCCGCCGUGCCGAUGGCCACGUGGCCGAUGUUCGCCGAACAGUUCUUCAACGAGAAGUUGAUCACAGAGGUGCUGGAGAUCGGGGUGCCGGUCGGCUCGACCCACUGUUCGGUGAUACCGGGAAGGAGGCCGUUGAUUGCGGCGGCGCAGAUCGAAAAGGCCCUGCGGCGAUUGAUGGACGACGGGGAGGAAGCGAAGAGCAUGAGGGCGAAGGUUAAGGAGCUGGCUCUGAUGGCUGUGAAUGCUACGGAGGAAGGAGGCUCCUCGUACAACGACGUUGACAAAUUGAUCGCAGAAUUAAGAACUCUCAAGGAGAAUGGAAUUGAGCAACGUUCUUGAAUUAUGUAUGUGGCUUUGCAUUAAUUAGGAAUAAAUGAAAUUUAGGGGC